GGCAGUGCAAAUAAAAGAUUUAGUAAGUGAUUGACCAUAACAAUACCGGUAGAUCUAAAUAUGUAUAUCAUGCGGUCACUUUCAAACAUUGUGUUGUUUGUGUGUUUUUGCAAUAACUUAACGUGGGCUGUUACAGACUGGCCUGCAAUAUGCCCAGAAAUAAUCUCAAAAGCGAGAUGGGGCGGUCGCACAGCGAUAGCAGUUGAAUAUGCCAUCAUGCCCGUCAAAUAUGUCAUCAUCCAUCACACUGUAACUCCACAAUGUACUACAGAAGAGAGCUGUUCCAAAAUUAUGCAGAGUAUACAAAAUUUUCAUAUGGAAAAUUUAGAGUUCCAUGAUAUUGGUUACAAUUUUCUAGUAGGAGAAGAUGGAAGAAUCUAUGAAGCUACUGGAUGGCACAAAGUUGGGGCUCACACUAGAACUUAUAAUAGCAAAUCACUUGGCUUAGCUUUUAUUGGAAACUUUUCAGAAAAACGACCAAACAGUAAAGCAUUAAAAGCAGCAAGAAAUUUCAUACAAUGUGCAGUGGAGCUUGGAGAAGUUGAUAAAAAUUACAUCUUACUUGGUGCGAGACAAGUUAGCCAGACUGCUAGUCCCGGAUUAUAUUUAUACAACGACAUAAAAGAUUGGCCACAUUUUCAAAGAAAUCCGUAAAUGACUACACUCCCGAAAACUACAUAUAAAACGACUGAUUCCGUAUUGAAUUAUACGGUUAAUUUAUGUAUAUUAUAUUAAUAAACUUUAUUUUUAAUUAAUUGCAAUUUGAAUGAA